UCUGGACAUUCGCGGUCCUUUUCAGUUCGAAAUGCGUGCAAUGAAUGUUGGAUGCUGUUUUUUCUGGAGCCUGUUUCUGACAUACCACGUGGUCAGCGAGUCUCCGCCAUCAACAGAUACAGACGAUGUACUCGUGUACACCGUCGCCACGAACGAAACCGAUGGCUACAAACGAUAUGUCAGAUCGAUCGACGUCUAUGGAUUCCGCGAUAACUUGAAGGUACUUGGUAUGAAAGAUCCCUGGCUAGGCGGUAAUAACAUAAGAACUAGUGCAGGAGGAGGAUACAAAGUGAAUCUUUUAAAGAAAGCUCUGGAAGAGUAUCAAAACGAUGAGCAAAAAAUUGUGAUAUUUACAGACAGUUACGACGUGAUAUAUUUGAGCGGUUUGAACGAAAUCGUCGAGAAGUUCAAGAGUAUGAAUGCUAGAGUAUUGUUCUCUACAGAAGGAGCUUGUUGGCCAGACAAAUCACUAGCUUCCAAAUAUCCUUCAGUAACUCGAGGGAAACGUUUUCUAAAUUCUGGAGGUUUCAUGGGUUACGCCUCAGACGUCUAUGCGAUUUUAACGUAUGCUCCAAUAAAAAACCGGGAUGACGAUCAAUUAUUCUUUACCUUGGCGUAUCUCGAUGAAAAAUUGCGGGAACGUCAUAAAAUUAAGUUGGAUCACAAAUCUGAAAUAUUCCAGAAUCUCUAUGGUGCUGUAUCUGAUGUAGAACUGAAAUUUGAGGGAGAAAAGGCUUCUCUUUUAAAUACUGCUUAUAAUACAGAACCAUUGGUGCUUCAUGGUAAUGGGUACAGUAAGCUAUCGUUGAAUUCCUUGGGUAAUUAUUUGGCCAAUGCAUGGAAUCCUGAAGAAGGAUGCAUAACGUGUUGGGAAGGCACGAUAGAAUUGGAUAAAACAAAACCAGACACAUAUCCAAUUAUAUUAAUCGCUAUAUUCAUCGAACGACCAACUCCUUUCUUAAACGAAUUUUUGAUGACAAUAUAUCAGCAAAUUUAUCCAGAAUCGAGGUUGCAUUUGUUUAUUCAUAACAACGUGGAGUAUCAUCAAGAUACAGUCAACAGCUUUAUGGAAAAAGUAGCAAAGCGAUAUAAGAGCAGUAAGCUAGUCGCUCCCAGCGACUCUGUGAAUGAAGUUGAUGCAAGAAACUUAGCCAUGGACUACUGUUUGUUGAAAGAAUGCUCUGGAUAUUUUUCCGUCGAUUCGAUUUCUCAUCUGGAUAACGAGUAUACUUUGAAGCUUCUGGUAGAGCAGCAACGAGGAAUCGUUGCACCAUUACUAGUCAGACCCUAUAAAAUGUGGAGCAAUUACUGGGGAGCAAUAAUGGACGAUGGAUUCUAUGCUCGAAGCUUCGAUUAUAUGGAAAUCGUGAAGAAUGAGCGCAGGGGACUAUGGAAUGUACCGUUCAUCAGUAGCUGUUACUUAAUUAAUGCCACGCUAAUUAGCAACAAGGAGACUCGUCCAUCCUAUUUGGAAGGCGAUUUAGACACAGAGAUGGCUUUCGCGCAUGCUAACAGGGAACGAUUCAUCUUCAUGUAUGUCAGCAAUAGACUUGAUUUCGGACACCUCGUUAAUCCAGAAAGUUACGAUAUCACGAUGCUUCAUCCGGACUUGUAUCAAAUUAUGGACAAUAAAUUGGACUGGGAAAAAAGAUACAUACACGAAAACUAUUCGGAAAACUUUAAUCCUAAUCGAACUCAGAUCCAACCUUGUCCCGAUGUGUACUGGUUCCCUGUAGUAAAUGAGAGAUUUACCAAAGAAUUGGUAGACAUUAUGGAAAAAUAUGGAAGAUGGUCGGAUGGAUCGAAUCAUGAUCCAAGAUUAACGGGUGGUUACGAAAACGUACCAACCCGUGAUAUUCAUAUGAAUCAAGUAAAGUAUGAGUCACAGUGGCUGUACUUUUUAAAGGAGUACGCUAGGCCUCUACAGGAACUCGUAUUCACUGGAUAUUAUCACGAUCCACCUCGUGCGCUCAUGAAUUUCGUCGUAAGGUAUCGUCCAGACGAGCAACCAUCGUUGAAGCCACACCAUGACAGUUCAACUUAUACGGUCAACAUCGCCUUAAAUAGAGCAGGAGUAGAUUACGAAGGUGGAGGUUGUCGAUUCAUUCGGUAUAACUGUUCCGUCACGGACACAAAACCAGGUUGGAUGUUAAUGCAUCCUGGAAGACUGACUCAUUAUCACGAAGGACUUCGUGUCACUAGUGGAACUCGAUACAUUAUGAUUUCCUUUGUCGAUCCUUGAUCAACGCGUCGAAUCAUAGGGCAUUCUCAAUGAUGAUUUUAAAAAAAAAUAUGUACUAUCAUCACGUUAGGGAAAAAUGUGUUCUCAUACGUGUAUAUGUAUAAUAAGAUAGCAAUGAUAGUUAGAAAUUUAAACCGCGAAGUGAGAUAACUAUGCAUUUUAAGAGAAUAAUAUUCCCCUAUUGAUGUUAUUUUUCUAAUAUAGGAAGAAUACAACUG